GUUUAUUAUUCUUUUUUUUAAAUGCGUUCGUUUGUAAUACUUGUUAGAACAGCCAUAGCUACGGUAUAUUAAUAGGUAGUGAAAUGUAAAAUAAGAUUUGUGAAGAGAAAUAGAACAUACUUAAAUCACAUAUUGCUAGUAUAAUAUUAUAUGCAAGGAGUUAUUUCUAAUAACAAAUGGUGGAACUAUCGUCUUUUACUACAAUGGCUGGACUACGCCUCGCUUUAUUUCUUUUCACAACAUUCCUAACGUUGCAUACCUCAUUGACGUUAACGUUCACUCAACGUACCGGGACGUACGCGAAAUUUCCGCGUUGGAACUCUUGCUUAAACGGCUCAAUAAGUUUUGAGUUCAAAACAGCGCUGGACAAAGCAUUAUUGUUGUAUACGGAUGAUAACGGCCGCUCGGAUUACGCUGAGGUGAUGAUAAUUGACGGCAGAGUACGUUUACGGAUGAACGUCGUUGACGGCAAAGAAGGAGCAUUAGAGAUAAACGCAGGAAAACUUGUAAACGACCGAGCCUGGCAUAAAGUGAAGGUCAGACGUUACAGAAUGGAGACUAUUUUAUACGUCGACGGUGAACAAAACAGUCGUGUGGCUUUCGGGUCAGACUUCCAGUUUGGCAACAUUGAGAGUAACAAUAACGUUUAUAUCGGCGGUCUUCCACAAACGUACUUCCAGGGGAAAACUGAUCACCUGAAGUCUCUGUCUUUACCCUCGUCCUUCUUUGAGCCUCGUUUUGAGGGCGAUAUUCGUAACGUCAUUUAUGAGAACUGUACUUGUUACCCUGAACGCGCCGCCAUGAUUGAAGGUCUUGCGGUGUCACGGGAGCCGCGCGAGGCGUGUGACGUCACGAAUGACUGCGGGAAGUGCUUAUGCGUGAGUGGGAAUGAGGGAUCCGCUUGCCAAUGCCACCAUCAGACAUGUCCCAAAGACUCGGACAUUCACUACCAGUUGCCGUUCGACCGGAUGUCGGAGGGACAGCUGGUGAACCCCUCCGGUCUUGACGCUCGGGUGACCGGCCGUCCGCGCUUGGUGCCGGGGGUCCAAGGGAACGCCCUCAAAGUGGACUGUUCCAGUGAGAGCGUCAAGGUCACUGGCCCGGGGCAUAGGCAGGAGUGCAUGGGGGACCUGAGCCUGUGCCCGAGUGGAUACACAAUUGGUCUCUGGUUCCGGUUUGAGGAAGUGGCACCUGGUCAAAACGUCUAUCUUUCAAACGGUGGGGAACAGCUCGACUCUCACGGUAUCGCCAUGUUGUACGAGAACGGACGGUUGGAGUGGGUAUUCCGGUUGCGCACUGGUCGCGAGUGGCGGGCGGCUGUGACGAACGUGUUGGCUCACAAAUGGUACCACGUGGCAGCCACAUGGAGCGAUAAAAGCGGACUGACGCUCUACGUUAACGGCGAGAAGGAGGCACAGGAGAAAUUCUACUCCGUCAGAUAUCCAAUCAACGGAACGAUUCAUUACCCCAAAACGGCCCCUUUAGCACUCACGGCCCCGAUCAGCUCCUCCCAGUCACGUGACGACUUUGUGAUCUGCCAAUCAAAUAACGGGACGGGGUCACGUGCCCUACUCACUGUGGACGAGCUACAGUUCUGGGCAAAAGAACUUUCAAUAUCUGCUAUCAAGGAAAUGGGACCAAUUUAUUCUCUUCACAUUUCUAUGGACCAAAUACAAGACGGACAACUGAUUAUGAGAAACAUUGAACCGAAGACGCGCGGAAGGCUUCGGCAAGUUCCGGGAAAAAUAGGAAUGGCGGCGAACAUUGCCGGACUCGGCGAAUAUAUCGACUUCGGAAACUUCACGGACUCAUGUAUUGGAAAUGUAACAAAAUGCAGUUUUGGUUUUACAGUGGCGUUUUGGAUUAAUUUUAAGGAUCUCUACGACAAUAUGUAUGUAAUGGCGUCUGGCGUCUCCGGGUUUUCAAUAUUUAUUUACAGUAAGCGUCUUUAUGCCAACGUCCAAGAUGGCGACCGCCAGUGGCAGACAUCCGUUUCCAAUAUACAAACCGGAAGUUGGUAUUUCAUUGAGGUCACAUGGGAGCCGAUAUCUGGUCUACAGAUAUAUAUGGACCGGAAAUUGAUGGCAUCCCAGAAGGAGAGUAGCCACGAGGAGGUGACGUCGUCAAACCGGAACUACGACAACUUGUACCUGGGACGGGCCAAUACCGUAAUGUACAGUGAACGUUACCUGUCGGCCACCGUCGACGACGUGCACGUGUUUAACGCGGACAGACAGAGGCUUCUCAACAUAGACUAUAUUCUAAGAGUGAAACCGGAGGAACAGUUCUACGGGUUCGAAUUGAUCAAUAACGGUCUCAUUGAGAACCGCAACAGCCUGGUUCCCAUCCAGACCCGGGGGAAUGUGACGCUGGUACCCGGUCAGGUGGGGCGUGCGCUCUUGCUCGCGGGGGACGGGCAAAGCGUGGAGUUUGACCACGGGGAUGGUUGCCUUGGCAACAUGGACUUCUGUCGCCAUGGCGCCAUGAUCGCCAUCUGGAUCAACUUCGAGAAGUUGGAAGACCGAAUGGUGUACCUCUCUUCCGCAAUAAACGGUUUUGAAAUCACCUUUACCAACAAGAAAUUGCGUGCUACCGUACAGACGUCCACACGCAUGUGGGAGGUUAUGACGCCAUCAAUUCAUGCGUUCACGUGGUAUUUCCUGGAGUUGUCAUUGGACCCGGAAGCUGGGCUAAAGAUGUACCUUAACAACCGACUGAUGGAACAGAACCUGUACCCUAUAGAAAAAAGGAAUUUCACAACAGUAAGUCAGCUCGGCUUUGAUGAGUUUUUACUGGCCGCGAGUAACACAGACAGGACUGGAAGUAAAGCGGGAGCGGCCAUCUUUGAUGAAAUGGACUUCUGGGAAGCAUCACGUGACUAUUUGACAGCGUUCGGAUACAUUCAACGAGGAAAACCCAUGAGCUACAAAAUUCACAUGGACGAAAUCGUUGACAACGGGAGGCGACUUGCUCACGAAUCUCUGAUAAUAAAUCUGAGUGGUUUCCCUUUGCUGGUCCCUGGUGUCAAAAACAGUGGCCUACAACUUGACGGCAACAGUCAAUACGUCGACGUCGGCAAACACGGCGAUAAAUGCCUAGGUAACCUUGACCAGUGUCCGUUUGGUAUUUCUAUCUUCUUCUGGCUCAAAGUCGCCGAGUACUACGACAAUAUGUACAUUCUGUCUACUGGUCAAGAUGGGAUACAGAUAUUCUGUGACCAGGGAUACAUUUAUGUGAUUUUGAACAAUAAACAGAACUCGUGGAGAAUCGGUGUUGAGGAGGUGACGAAAGACCAAUGGCAUUUCUUUGAGCUGACAUGGCAUCCGGAACACGGCAUGGAUCUAUUUAUAGAUGGAAACAUGACUCAUGCGGACUCUCGCGCCAUUCGUGAACUGACAUGGACGGACGAUAGCAACUUCUACAUCGGACGGCCGAAUCCUUUUGACGUGGCGGGGCGUGGCUUCCGCUACGCGCGCGUGUCUUUGGACGAGUUGGAGGUGUGGUACGCCUGGAGAGGUUACCUGGUCGCCUGGGGCCAUGUGCUCAGGGGUCACGUUGGCUACGAGUCAUUUUCCAUGGAAACGGCGUCCGAUGACGUCAUUUUUCACCCUCGCUAUCGUGUCACUCUAGAAAGAGGUGCGUCUCUGGUUGCCGGCGCCGUAGGUAAUGCUGUAUCGUUGCGGGGAACCGGUGAAUACGUUGAUUUAGGGAACCAUAUGGACGAGUGUUUCGCGAAUAUCGACCUUUGUCAACAUGGACUUACAAUUUCCUUGAUGCUAAAACCGGAGAGCCUUAAGGCCAACCAGUACUUCCUAGCAGGACCCACGUAUUCCCUGUAUUUGGAAAACGGGCAUCUUAAGGCCGAGUUUUAUUCGUCAGGAAAAGUGUGGAACGUGACCUCGCAAGCGUUUAAUUUUAAAAACUGGAACGACGUGGUUCUGUCUUGGGACAAAGAAGACGGGUUAGAGAUGUACCUGGAUGACAAACUAGCCGGCCGGAACAAGCGUCCCGGUGACAUGCGGUUGUCGGAUGCGCGUCAAACUGGUAGUCUGUACCUGGGACGGAGCGCGGAAACGGGCGUCCAGGGGACGGCGGAAAUGAUGGCGGACGAGGUUCAGUUCUGGUACGCGAACCUGGACAACCUGCGGCUGAGGAGGUUAUAUCAAGGGGCUAUCCACACGACUAUUCCCCUGGAUAAGAUGCCCCCUAACGGCGUGUUGUCACUUCCGGGAAGACGGGUCGAGAUGAAAGGGGGCGCCUCACUAGUCAAGGGACAGAAAUCUCAGGCCAUCAGGUUAGCGGGGAAACCCCAGUACGUGACCCUAGGUGAAGACUUGGUUUGCGGGGGAGAUCUGACUUCCUGCCGCCACGGCUUCAACGUCCGUCUGUCCGUUCGUCCAGGCCGCCUUGCCGACAACAUGUACUUCCUGGACAGCUACCCUCUCACCGUUUUCUACAGUGACGGACGCCUGUACGCGACCGUGAGGGCUGGUCGGAACACUUGGACGGCUGGAUAUCCCGGCUUCAAGUCCGACACGUGGCAAACCGUUGACAUCUCUUGGCACCCGGAAAUAGGGCUCACACUGUUGAUAGACGGCAAAGAACCCGGAGCCCACAAGACCCACCCCACGGAGAUCGAGCCCGUGUAUGACUAUGACCGAGAGACUUACUUCGGCCGUGCCAUGACCAACAUGCGCAAUGAAAGAUACGCGGACGUUACCCUGGAGACCAUAGACGUUUGGAACGUUCGCCGUGACGUUCUUCUCUCUAACAACACACUACACUUUGGUCUCCCCGGUAUCUCUUCCGGAAGCGCGCAGCCCGGUCGUCCAACCCUCCGUCCAACGGAACAGGGGACAGCACAGCCACCCAGCUCCGAUGACGCGCGUACCAGGGAUAACUCCGGAGCCGUGACGGUUGCCCCUACUAACGGUCAGGACUCGCUGGGUUCCCGGCUGGUGAAGACCACGUCCAAAAUCAUCCGGUUCUUCGGGGAUUCAUUUAUCAAGUACUCGUUCGAUGGCUUGCCAUCAGAGGUGUUCGAGGAGAUGGACACGGAGUCCGUAUCGCUCAAGUUCAUCACCCAGAGUACGGACGGCCUGAUAUGGUUCUGGAAUGACAGGGCUGGAAAUAAGAUGCACAUCAGCCUUAAGGCCGGAAGUCUUUACUUCGUGAACGAUGACGUCCGAGGAACUCCGCAACAGGUUCGCGUGCAACAUCCGGACUCGCGCGUGGUCAACGACUUCCGGUGGCACACCGUCCGUGUCGAGAAGAAUGGACGCGAGAUGAAGAUUUUCCUCGAUGAGCAGCUGGCCCAGACGGUGACCGCGCCCAGAGACAUACAGUUCAUCCCCCGGGGUGCCGAUGUAUAUUUAGGGGGUACGGCCUCCCCAUGGAAUGACACACGCGGACUUGUCAACACCAAGUUUGAUGGCGCUCUUGUUGAUGUUGAGUCUAAGAAAUCUCGGGGCCCUAACAAGGAGAUCAUCAUCUCCUUCCUACAACAGGUGGGCCAGGCGACCGGAAACAUCACCAUCAUCGACACGGACGACUGGAACAGUGGCCGCUGGACCUGGGGGACCACACCGGCCCCGCCCACGAUUGCACCAAGGAGGCCGACCCCGGUGACGUUCAAAACCGGCAACAGCAUGUUCUUCCUGUCUGACGCCUUGGACAUGCGCAGUGGUGGCACGGUCAGCUACCGGUUCCGCACCCUUGAGCCAAGCGGGUUACUAAGUAUCGCACGCGGAUCCGGCGUGCAGUUCUUCGCGAUGGAAGUUUAUGACGGGAUCCUUUACUUCGUAUACGACUUUGGGAGUCUCACCGCUCGGAACAUGUUCACCGACCGCCGCGUGGAUGACGGCGAGUGGCACGAGGUGACGAUGCGGGUGGACGCCGGCAGCCGACGGAUGACGCUUACCCUGGAUGGACGGCCGUUCACCGUCCCUCUGUCCAACGACCAGCUCCGCUCCCUCUACUUCUUUAAGAUGUACUUCGGCGGCUACGACAACUACCUGAAUGCCCCCUGGCCGCUGUAUGCGCGCAAGGGAUACAAGGGAUGUCUUGAAUCGCUCCGGAUCAACGAUAUAGGCUACGACCUGCACUUGUUUAUCCGAAACCAGCGGCUAUCGGGUGUAGAGACCGGAUGUGCGUCCAUGUUGCGACAAUGCCAGGCGCUGCCCUGCGACGCGGGCUUCUGUCGUGACCGGAUGUCCGGAUAUGUUUGCGACUGCGCGAACACGCCAUACACUGGCCGUAACUGCAACGAGAACGCAGCGAUUGCUCGCUGGGACGGAAGUUUCUCCACAGCGUUCAACUUUGUCAACCGUGACGUGACCCACACCAACGACCUCUCUGUCCGCUUCAACACGCCGCUUAAGGAUACGCUUCUAUUCCGGACGGAGGCUGACAGCAAGGGCGACUACAUCCAGGCGGAACUAGACGACGGUCGCCUGAAGAUCACAUUCCGGGUGGACGGACAGACCAAGACGUUCGUGACCGGAAGUAACCUGAACGACUAUAACUGGCACACGAUGUACAUCCGCCGACGUGCCGACGAUGUGCAGGUCUGGGUGGACGAUGAGCCACGCACCGUCGGCGUCAUUGGAGGCGAGAACUACAACCUUUACAUCGACCGCAUCAAGUUUGGUUCAAUUGGGGAGACGGGUGAACUGCGUGGAGGGAACUACAUCGGCUACAUGCAGAACUUCGUCUAUGACGGACAGGAACUCUUUGGUCAGCUGAAGGGUCAGUCGUCCUCGGUGAAGUGGAUCUUUGACCUCCCAUUUGAAAGCUUACCUCUUCUCACAUACAAGCCAAUCACUGUCACUUCCGAUGGCGCCUUCUUCCAGCUUCCGUCUAUGACAGUUGGUCGAACGCUGAAGAUAAUGUUUAAAUUUAAGACCCGAGAGUCGAACGGAUUGAUCCUCUACAACAGCGGAAUCGGAAGUGACGUCAUCGCCAUUGAGCUGAGUGACGGGCAGAUCCGGUUAGCGUACAACCUUGGCGCUGGGAUCAUGCACACGGUGGUACCGACCCGGAAGUUGAACGAUAACGCGUGGCAUGAUGUGCAAGUUGCGCUCAACGACCGCGGACAGUUUACAGUGCGUGUGGACGGGGAGACAGUGCAGGUGUCCAACAGUGACCGGAACACGUUGUCUCUCAGCGGCAUGUUGUAUAUUGGCGGGAUGCCGACAGCGAUGUUUUCACGACCGGAAGUGACGGCUCUGCUCGAUUCCCGAAAGGGGUUCCGUGGCUGCAUGGCGUCCGUCGACCUGAACGGCGCUGUACCAGACCUCGUCAGCUACGCAAGCGAUAAGACGAAGGUCCUCAAUGGAUGCACGGACCUGACAGUGCAGUGCCAGCCUAACGCCUGUGGGCCAGGCGUCUGUGUCCCCAGGGUGAACGAUUUCUGGUGUGACUGUAACAUGACGGGGCUCGUGGGCAUCCCCUGUAUUACCAAUCCUAAUGGUUACUACUUUGGCAAGAACGGUGGACGGGGUAUCGUGGUGUACGAGUACCCUCUGGAGAAACAGGUGAACUCAAACUCGGACAUGCUGGCUUUCGGCUUCAAGACGUUGGAGAAGGAUGGAGUGCUUUACCGUAUAGAGAGUAGCCUUGACAACAACGAGUAUAUAGAGAUUAGGCUGGAAAAUGGUCACGUAAUCGCGGAGUCUAACACCGGAAGUGGUCUUGUGCGUCUCGUGGAGAACUCACGCGUGUUCAACGACGGGCAAUACCACGUGGUUCGCUACAUCCGCACCGGAAGUAACAGCACCCUGCAGGUGGACCAGCUCCCUACACAGUUGGCAGUUAACACAGGUGUUGUGUCGCUAUUCAACAGCGUAUACCGGGUGAUGCUGGGAGGCCGCAUAGACUCCAAGGGCGCCAUCAACCAAAACUUCUACGGAAUUAUUGGAGGUGCCUACUACAACGGUCAUCGAUGGCUGGAUCUCCUCCUUUCCAACACGGCAUUGCACGGGAAACUCGUGAACAUUCGGGGAGACGUCGUGCUCACAAAGACUUACCUACUGGUGGCCGGCGGCGGAAAGACAACACCCGCCCCGCCUGAUCUUAUUAUCAACCCGACGGAACAGAUUCCCGUGAAUGUCGGCGGUGGUGGAGUAAUCGGUCCAGGCGUCGGCGGUGGAGGCGGCGGCGGAAGCGUCGGGGUCCCGAGUUUUGGCGGAGCUGGGCCCUAUCUCUCUCCUCUCGGGAGUGGCAUCAACGUGGGUGCCAGCCCUAACGCAGGACGCGUGGUAUCGGCCCUGGCUGGAGGACCGAUCAUGCCCGGAGCUCGGGCUGGUGCUGUGGUCGGAACUGUUCUUGGUACUAUGGCCUUUCUGACGAGUCUGAUGUGGGCGCUAUACAAACUGAAACCCGGUGUGCCCACUUGCCUCUCUCCCGGAGCCGGUGCGGCCGGAAGUGGCGCCGGCAUGAGCAUCUCCUCUCCACGACCCGCCUCCAACCUUGGGGCCGUUCAGGCGGCGAGCGCUGGAGCGGGCGGCGCUGGUGGUGGUGCGGGAGGUGCCGGUGCCGGGGCGACAAAAAUGACGGUUGUAAAUGGAUCAGCGGCAGGCGGCGGCGGCGGUGCGGGCGGCGGAAACUCCACAUACACUUCAUACUUCCAAUCCUCGUCCACUGCCGUUUCCGGUGGCGGCGCGGGAGGCGGUGGUGCUGGUGGCGCGGACGUGAUCGACUCUUCAACUCUCAGGGCUACAGGCACCUUUUCAAACAGGGGUACAGCGAUCGGCUCUCCGACGGCAGACAGACGUAUGGGGUCUUCGUCGUAUUCUUCCAAUGCAAACUAUCAAUCCAAUACCAUGCAGUCUUAUGGCAGUGGCGGCGGCACUAUGGACCGCGGAUAUACCGGACAAUAUUUAUCUCAAUCCGCUGGGGGUGGGGACGGUAUCCCUGACUACGAUAUGCCGGUUGGAGGUACAAUGCAGUCGGGCCAGUCCUACUCCUCCUCAACACUCAACACCAACUAUAACUACCAGGUCACAAGUUCAGCUAACUCGCGUAGGAAUGUAAAAGUUGUUUCAUCCGCGCCACAAAAUUAUACUUCCGUUCUGAACGUCAUAAUGACCUCUGGACGGCACGGAAAUAUAGAGGCGCCUCGCUGUGAUCUCUACACGGCGGCAUUCGCGCCGGGACGUAAUCAGGGAUUUGUGGAUCGGGCUGAGGACAUGGUGGUGGAACAGACGCCCCCUAUCCUGAUUGUUCGACCGAUGGUUGGUUCCGUUACUAACGCAGGAUCUGAAAGCAGCUCAGGUGUAACGCUGCAUACUUCCGGCGAUCCACAUGCAAGCUACAGCAACCGCGGGUACCAGACGAUGCCAGGGAGAGGAGAGUUGAUCGGAAUUGGUGAAAAUAGGAAUACGUCCAACCGGAAGUCAUCGUUACAGGUUCCCGCUGCCGGAAGUUCGAAAGCUGGCUACCAGCGGCUGGAGAAUAGUUCAUCAGAAACUAACGUCAAUACUUUCAAAAGUGAGACAUCGCGAACAGCCACCACGACUCACAUCGACCAUUCACGGGAUGACCUAUUCGAAUCUACAACCACGAUCAUCUCCAAUGUCCGGUCCGAUUCCAUGGACACAGGACUGUUCGAUGGUAGUUCCAAUAGUCAAUCUGAAGGCCUUAUGCUUGAUCUAAGUUUCGACGAUAUAAUGAAAGACGUUCAGUCAGGUCAUUUCGGAGGAGGCAGAGAGGAAACAUCAAUUGAUAAUCUGUAUGCCAAGGUAAACAAGAAUUCUAAAAGUCAGAAAUCCGUUGAAAGUUCGCAGUCCUUCGAAAUGGAUGAUUUUACGUCUUCGACGAUGAGCAAAUCCUCGGGCGGAUACGCAGUUACAUGUACGGCUCAACUGAAAGACGAAAAUAAAUCAAAUCAGCAGUUUGACAGCAGUGCAUCAUCCAAGAGUUCUCAGAAGCAGGUUCUGUCCGGAGUUGAUGGGAACAUUGUUGGAGAUUUCGUAGUCGUAGAUUAUGGGAAUGAAAACAACAGAUCCGGGCGUUCAUCGCCGUUUAUUGGCCAGCAAACGGAUCGGUCGGAGAACAUCAUCGUGCAUCAGCCAGAGACCUUUACACGGAAAACAUCAGUACCGUCUGGAAAUUCAGGGCUGACCCAAUCGUCUUCUCAAUCAUCAACGGUACAUGUUCUGGAUGAAACCACUGGCCAAUCUUCGACCCACGGAAGCUCCACCAUUAAUAUCAUUGUCACUGGCGACAAAAGCGGAAGUGGGGUCUCCAUGACCGGAAGUGGUCGCGACCUGGACGCGGAGCUUAAUGCAAGCGUCCACAACCUUCUAACAGGGAUUAAUGUGGACGCCGGCAGGUGGGAGGAUGCACAGUCGCUCACUUCCGUUGGGUCGACCGGAAGUGACGAUACGGACGUGUAUCAGGUCCAGAAUCUCAAAACAGUCGUCAUGAACAAGCAGGGACAGUACGUGAUGUCAUCAGCGAGUGGCGGGUUCGGCGCGGGGGCGGUUACACCUGGGGCCGCUGCGGACGAGGUGCGAGUAGACUGUUGUCUGAUGACCGGAGACGGACGAAGUGUAGUGACUGGAAGUAGCCUUGGACCACCACAAGUCUGGGACAUGCAGACGGGUGAACUACAGAACAUUAUGAAGGGUGACACGAUAGGCUCUACCAACCUCCACCUGGUGUGCGGGGACCGGCUGCUCGUGGGAGCCGUGCACGCGGAUAUGGAGAUUAAUGAAUACUCAAGCCGAAAGGGCGUCUUUAACCACACACUACAGAUCUGGGAUUUCCAAACAGGUCGGCCACUGGCCAUGGCUGUGGGCGAGUAUUGUUCCGCGCUGUGUCCCAUGAGUGAUAGUGACAAAGUGCUCUUCGGACGGACGGACAAAUUUGGGGAUGCAACGUCCAUUAUCGCCUGGGACCUUAUGGGGAAUCAAAUGAUCAAAGAAAUGCGAUAUGAUGCGCCAGUAGGAAACAAUGACUACAUUUCCUUCCUAACCAAAUCAAAGAACGACCGCUAUAUAAUAGCGGGAUUCACGAACUCAUUUGAUAAUAACGCAGAAUUCAUGACAUUUGAUAUGACAUUAACUAGCUAUAACGUAAAUGAACCCGCCAUGUUGAAAUUAGACGCAAAUCCGGAAGUAACAGCCAUCUUGCCAAAGGACGAAGCAGUGACAGGUUUGAGAAACGGUGACCUUGUCGUCUGGAGCCUCCGGACUGCGCAACCAAGUCGGCAACUGCUCGGAAGUGGCGGUGCGCAUGCGCAUACACGGGAAGUGAAGAGCGUGACGUUAUCGGAUGACGGGCGUUACCUGGUUUCCGGUUCGGCGGACGGGACAUUAAAGGUGUGGGACAUGAACACGGAGAGGCCCAUUCAUACGCUGCAGGGACACACGGAUGAGGUUUGGUGUACUGCUAUCUCGAGCGACAACGAGAUCGCUGUUUCAGGUUCCGCUGACGGCACGAUCCGCCUGUGGCGCGUGAAGAACGGAACGGAAAUGUGCGUGUUCAACUGCGGUGUGGACAUCUUCGACGUCACCAUGUCACGUGACAAGGGAACCAUCGUUGCCCUGGGAGACAAAUAUGGCGCCCGGAAGUUGAUCAUGCUGCAGGUGGUCAGAACGAAAAUCAAGAAGAUCGUGAGCUCUUAGACAAGAGAGCGUGGCAUAGCUCUGAACAGUCUUUAUAACAACCUCCAGUCAGCUAGCUUUAUAAGAACUAUUAUAUUUUCAAUUGUAUGACUUUAUUUCCCCCAGUUAGAUAAAGGGUUAACUCCUGUAUGGAGAAUACAGAAAAAACAAAACAAUUAGACUUGUUUUUUGUUUUUUUAUUAUUUUAAGUCAGUGAAUUAUUAAGGAAGUUGAAGAAUAACACAGUUAAGCGCAUUAACAAUAUACAAUAGAUUCAUUUUGAACAUAUUUAGUUAAGAGGUCCUAUAUAUCGUAUAUGUCAGAAUAUAUUAAGCAUGUGCAUUGUUAAUACAUUUAUUCAUUUGCUUGCUUUACCUAUUUGCAACGAAACAAACAAAUGUUUAACUCCAUGUUUUGAGUCACCUGAAUAUCAUCGAUAUAACUUAUUUAUACAACUGUCGGAUUUGAAUGGAGAAAAACAACAACAAAAAAAAUACAAAAAUAUACAUUAAAGGAGGGCUGUUCCAAAACAUAAAUAAUUACAUUAAAAGAGGGUUGUCCCAGAAUUAGACAAACGCCAUUUAUAGAAGGAGUGGAUGUCGGAGAAUUUUGAAAUAUUAUAUAUAAAUAAUAUCUGCAAUCGUGAGCAAAAUUUAAGAGAAAAGUUCCCUAAACUGAUAAAAGAUAUGUAUGUUUCUUGAAAUCCUGCGCACGCAAAUUUAACACCAAAGCGUCUACGCGACAUUUUAAAUUAGUUGAAACUGUUUCGUCUUUUUUGUACAUUUGUAUUUAAAAAUAACACUUUACAAUACACUUUUUGGGACAUUUCUCUGAGUAACUUAUGUUUUCUGUUAUAGAUACUUACUGCUAUUGUGUUUUGACAAACAUUAUGUAUAAUUGUUGUUGUCAAUGGCCUAGAUAUUUAUGCUUAAUAAAUUAUUGAAAUAUC